AUGUUUUCAAGUAACUCGGGGAACAACUUCCGGCCAAGGUAUGGCAAGGGCAAAGGGUUUCUUCCUCUCCCUGCUACCUUCAACCGGAUCCAACAGAAGCAAAACAUCACCUACACAAUCAUCGGAGUGAUAUUGCUCUGGUUCUUCUUCAAUCCAUUCAGUCUCCUUGGGGGUCUCUUCAGAAGCCACCAUCCACCACAGUACCCUGCUGGACACCCCUUCACCAGUAACCGUGUCAUCGAGCAUUCCAGCCCCUACAUUUUCCCCCGGAUCGAAGACACCCAGCUCUUGAAAGAGUUGACUGUGCACAAGUUGAUCAAGGAAUUCAAGGUCAGAGACGCCAACUUCCCUGAGAUUGAAAAGAACUUGAUUCGUUCAUUGAACACUUUGGACGAUCCCGACCCAGUACUUCAAAAGGAGAAGGAAGACGACGAAAACAAGAGAUCGGAAUUGUUGUUGGCCAAAAACUCGUUCAAGAACCAAGAUAAGGUGGUGUUCAGACCAAAAAACAACCGUAACUACCCUGAAGUCAUCAUAGUCACCGCAGUGGACUUCGAGAAGUACUCUCAGCUGGCUCUAACCAAAAUCGUCCAGAACAGAGUGGAUUAUGCCCACGAACACUCGUACGGUGUUUAUGUCAGAUGGUACCAGGAAUUCUUGCCAGCCUUGAACUCCCUCAGUUACUUGGAGUCUAAGGAGAAGUCCAAAUGGGUCAGAUUGUUCUGUAUGCGUGCUGCCAUGUUUGCAUUCCCUCAUGCAAAGUGGUUCUGGUACUUUGACCAAGACGGCUUGGUCAUGGAUCUCAAUGUCGACAUUCAACAAUACAUGUUGAAUGCAGAGUCUUUGAACCCUAUCAUGCAAAGGGAACAAGCAAUUAUUCCUCCAGAUGGAGCCAUCAAGACCUACAAAAAUACCAAGGCAGAAUCAGUUAAAUUGAUUUUCACCCAGUCCGAGUCCAAGAUAGAAACUCACUCAUUUAUCAUCAAAAAUGACCAUGUUGGUAAAUCUAUUAUGGAGUUUUGGUGUGACAACCUUUAUUUGACUUAUCCAAACUUUCCUUUCGGUCCAGACUCGGCUCUUACUCAUAUCUUGCAAUGGCAUCCAUUCAUUUUGAGCAAAGCCUCCAUCGUGCCACCAAAGACAAUUGCAAGUCAGCAUGCAGGUGUUGUUAAACAGGAGAAGCCCGAGGUUUAUAACUACAAGGAUGGCGAUUUUGUUGUGCAAUGGGCUGAUUGUGUUCUUGGUGUCGAAUGCGAGAAGUUUUUGGAAACUUACACCAAGAAAUCAAGUUAG